AUGGCUUCAUCGAGUCAAACAAGUACGAAUGAUAAUUUAGAUGAAAAUCAUCUAAUUCAAAAUGUUACGAAACAUUGGAGUACAAUAAAUAAAUCAUUAGAACAUGUACCAAAAUUUCAAAAUCUUCAACAAACAGGUGUUAAUGAAGAACAAAUAAAAGAACUUGAAUCAAAAUUACAUAUAACUUUACCUAAAGAAAUUCGAGCUGUUAUUAAAGUUCAUGAUGGACGAAAACAUAUUGAAUAUGGACUUAGUUAUCGUUUACCAACAACAGAUCUUUUACCUAUUUCACAAUGGAAACCAUAUGAAAUAGAUAAUGAUGAUUUUAUUGAAGAUUUAUGUAAUGCUCUUACGGAUGAAAAUGAUGCAUGUGCUGAUAAAAAUUUACGUGAAGAUUUUCGAGAACAUUUAAAAGUUUGCAAAGAAAAAACUGGCAAUGAUAAGUUCUCUGAUAAAAAAGAAUUUAAAUCAAUUCCUUGUGAAUUAUUAAUUAUUGGACAAGGUAUGGAUGAUUAUGCUGAACAAUAUUUAUUAAGUGUUCGAUCAGGAAGAAUUUAUUUGGCUGUUCAUAAUAUACCUGAAUGGAAAUUAAUUGGAACAUUCGAUGAUUGGAUUAAACAAGGUUUAACUAGUAUUAAAGAUCAAAAUGAUGAACUUAAAGAACAACAUGAAGAAGUCAACAUUAGUUAA